AUGCUGAGAGAUAGCAAAUGGUUACUUGGAGCAACACAACUAUCCAAACCUCUUGAACUGUCAGACGAUCGUUUUCCUUUAGUAGAACCUGAAGAGGACAAGGAAAUCCGUCCUGAGGCCGUGGUCAUGAAGACGGAGCUGAUUCCAGCUCCAGUUACUUACCUGUUUGACAAAUUCUCUCGGUGGUCGAAGCUAGUCAAAGUGAUAUCCCACGUGAUGCAUGCUGCAAAACUUUUCAAGCAAGGUGUUAAACCCAAAAAUCAAGACGCAACUUCUGGCCCAACAACUCCUGGAUCCAUGAGUGCUGCCAAAACAUCCAUCAUCAAAGAAGUACAAAAGCAAUUCUAUAAAACAGAACUUGACCUCCUCCACCAAGGAAAGCCAAUACCUAAAACUAGCUCCUUGUUAACGUUAUGUCCCAAAUUGGACAAGGAAGGAAUUUUGAGGGUAGGAGGCAGAUUGGACGCUUCUGAUGUAGAAGGACAUAGGAAACACCCAGUUCUUAUCCCUGGUUCACACCACAUUGCCACACUCCUUGUACGCCGGUGCCACGAAUCCGUUUCUCAUCAAGGGAGACACUUUACAGAAGGAGCCGUCAGAGAGGCUGGCUAUUGGGUAACUGGUGGGAAAAGAUUGAUCUCGUUGAUCAUACACCGUUGUGUGACAUGCCGCAGACUUUGUAGUCGUCUCUGUGUCCAGAAAAUGGCAGAUCUGCCCUCAGACAGAGUUGUACCUACCCCUCCUUUCUCUUGUGUGGGAGUCGACGUGUUUGGACCUUGGACGGUCAUCACUAGACGCACUAGAGGUGGCGCAGCAGCCAAUAAGCGUUGGGCUGCUCUCUUCACAUGUAUGUCAACCAGAGCGGUACACAUAGAGGUCUUGGAGGAAAUGAGUUCUUCGUGUUUCAUAAAUGCGGUGAGGAGAUUGUACUCGAUAAGAGGGCAUGUUAAGCAGUUCCGUUCCGACCAAGGAACAAAUUUCAUUGGCGCCACUGCUGACAUAGGAGUAUCAGCUGUUGAGAGCAAAGAAAUGAAGGAUUUCUUAUCUGCACAUGACUCCACUUGGACAUUCAAUCCUCCCCACGCAUCUCACUUUGGAGGCGCGUGGGAGCGGAUGAUCGGCGUCGCACGCCGUAUACUCGAUGCUAUGUUUCUAGAGAACAAGGGAAAAGAGCUCACCCAUGAAGUGCUCACUACUUUAAUGGCCGAAGUAUGUGCCAUCUUAAAUGCGCGCCCUCUCGUGCCUGUAUCAUCGGAUCCAGAACAGCCGUUUGUCCUGUCUCCCUCGGUUCUGCUUACUCAAAAGACAGAAGAUCAAAUAGAGUCCCUUGCUCAUCUCGACGUGAAGGAUAUGUACCGAGCACAGUGGAGACAUGUCCAAGUCUUGGCUGAGAAGUUCUGGUCACGCUGGAGAAGAGAGUACUUGUCGUUGUUACAGCCAAGAAGAAAAUGGCAAGAGAAAGAGCGUAAUGUCAAAGUCGGAGACGUAGUGCUAAUGAAAGAUACGCAGAGUGCCAGAAACGACUGGCCUUUGGGAGUCGUCACACGCGCAAUUGCUAGCGAAGAUGGCCUAGUACGAAAGGUUGAGCUCCGCGUCCGACGAAAUGGUAAAUCUACCUCUUUCCAACGUCCAGUCACAGAACUUGCAGUACUAGUUUCAGACGAAUAA